CGAACGGGAUCCGUUGAGCAGCGGAGCGCCCGCCUGGCUGGCAGACUGUCUGUUUCUAUCAGUUGUGUUCAGAUUAUUGCCGUCAGUCAGCAUGGCCCUUCUCUCCACUCUCACGCCGGUGUUCGUGGCUGUUUUAUGCGUGAUCCUAGUUUUUCUGUUCAAAAGCUCUCAGAAGAAGGAGAACAAGACAGUGAAACCCGAGCGGAAGCCCGAGGCCGAGGCCCGGCCGUGGGUAGACGAGGAUCUUCAGGACGACACAGAGAUCCGACACAAAGAUGAAGAGGAUGGUGAUUGGGUGGAGAGUGGUGGGGAGGAGGAGCUGGCCCACGUGCCCUACCCGGCUUCUCGGUACCCCGUAGAGGUCAUGGUUCAGAGGUCACAGGACUUCUUCAGCCUGAUGAACCAGAGGAGGUCUGUCCGCUUCAUCAGCCCCGAGCCCGUUCCACGACAGGUCAUCGACAACGUCAUCCGCACUGCAGGCACAGCCCCCAGUGGAGCCCACACAGAACCCUGGACGUUUGUGGUAGUGUCAGACCCAGAGGUGAAGCACCAGAUCAGGCUAGUGGUGGAGGAGGAGGAGGAAGUCAACUACCGCCAGAGGAUGGGGGACAAGUGGGUCAGUGACCUGCAGAGGCUCAGGACUAACUGGGUGAAGCAGUAUCUUGAUGUGGCUCCCUACCUCGUGUUGAUAUUUAAACAGACGUACGGCAUCGUAGCUGGAGGACAGAAGAGGACUCAUUACUACAAUGAGAUCAGUGUGUCCAUCUCCUGUGGCCUGCUAUUGGCCGCGCUGCAGAAUGCAGGUCUGGUGACGGUGACGACGACGCCCCUCAACUGCGGCCCCCAGCUCAGGCUGCUCCUCGGUCGGCCAGCCAAUGAGAAGCUGCUGAUGCUACUUCCUGUUGGUUACCCCGCCCCCGACGCAACCGUGCCCGACCUCACCCGCAAGCCACUCGACGACAUCAUGGUACACCUGUGACAUCAUCAUAAAGGGCCCGGCCGAGUGACAUCAUAGAUGUAGGGGUGCCUUCUGUCCUCGUCUCCUCCCAGUCAUCUGCAAUGAUUUGUAAAGCAGCAACAGUCAUCAAAAUGUUUACUAUUCUAAUAAAUGCAACAGUUGGACAAUAAAUGAAGAUACUCCAGACAUUUAGAUUUUUUAUAAUCCAUCAGAUAUCGAGUGAAUUAUAGCAUAAAACAUUUUACUGGCACGGACAAAUAAUGUUCAAGUUUUUGGUGGAAAUUCAGGUAUUCAAUUUAUUGUUCAAUUUCAAUAUAAUAUAUAAUAUAUACAUAUUCUAAUGGUAUCAGUUUUUUUUUGUAACUUUCUUGUGUUAAAAUGGAAGAAAAUGGUAUUACCUCAUUUGCAUAAACACAUGCUGUGUGUUUGCAUAUAUUAAUAAAUUAACAAAGGGGUGGAACAAGGCUGCACACACCAAACUAGUGCUCUGUCUAGGCCUACCUGUACUCACCUGUGCUGUAGACUGCCUCAGUAAUUAAUGUUGUCACGUUCUAAUUUAACAUGUAUGUCAAUAGCAGAGGUGCAUUCAGUUCGCAUGAACAUUUGCUACGUUGCAGAACGACACAUUUUUCCAUAACGUUCCUGUAUGUUCUUGAACAGACUUUGAGGUAAGUUUGGUGGGUGUGGCUUGAAGCAAUGAGUGACGUAUUUAAAGAGCAGUGGCCAUGCUGACAGCGUCCCCCAACCCACAACAAACCCCUCCCCGUUUUUCAACUGUUUUUUCAGUAUUGCAUCUUUUUGGUUGAAUUGAACAUUCCAGAACAUACCAAAUGAACGUAGCCCUGGAUACCUUUAGAUAAAAAAAUAAACAGGUUUGGCUCGAGAUUACACCUCUACAGUGACCUCCACUAAUAUUGGCACCCUUGGUAAAUAAAAAAAAAUGAGCAAAA